AGCAAGUUCGCUGUUCAGCCAAACCCUUCGUCCCCCUUCCCUCAUCCCAAAAGGGGAGGAGAAAGACUUUUUGACAGCCGAAAUCUGGCAAUCCUGUUCUUUCGUCGCCAUUGCUUGUUGAAAAAGGCAAAUCAACAUACUAAGUGAAUCAUGGCCCCACGUAAAGGAAAGGUUCAGAAAGAGGAAGCCGUCGUCACCUUGGGACCUCAAGUCCGUGAAGGAGAAACCGUCUUCGGAGUCGCACAUAUCUUUGCCUCCUUUAACGACACAUUCGUGCACGUUACCGAUUUGUCUGGAAGGGAAACUAUUGCCCGUGUUACUGGUGGCAUGAAGGUAAAGGCUGAUCGUGAUGAAGCCUCACCCUAUGCUGCUAUGUUGGCUGCACAGGACGUUGCUGAGAAGUGCAAGCUGUUGGGCAUCACUGCACUUCACAUCAAGCUUCGCGCCACCGGUGGCAACAGGACCAAAACUCCCGGCCCCGGUGCCCAGUCGGCUCUGCGUGCUUUGGCCCGUUCCGGCAUGAAGAUCGGACGGAUUGAAGACGUAACCCCUAUUCCUUCGGAUUCUACUCGCAGGAAGGGUGGUCGUCGUGGUCGCCGUUUGUAGAAA